UCUUUUACUCUGGGUUGGAGGCGCAUUCAGGAAUCAAGAAUGAAGCAAAUUUUUGUGUCUGCCUUUGCACUCUUUGUGCUUUCUACCCUUGAUUAUGCUGACUCCUCAGCUUAUGACAAAAUAGUUACCCACAGCCGCAUCAGGGCAAGAAAAGAAGGACCCAAUGUCUGUGCCCUUCAGCAAGUUAUGGGGACAAAGAAGAAAUACUUUAGCACUUGCCGUAAUUGGUACCACGGGUCAAUCUGUGGAAAGAAAGCGUCUGUACUGUAUGAGUGCUGUCCAGGUUACAUCAAGCUUGAAGGCAUGCGUGGCUGUCCUGCAGUUGCUCCAAUUGACCACGUGUAUGGGAGUUUGGCUCUAGUGAAGGCCACUUCAACCCAAAAUUAUGCUGACAUUUCUAAACUAAGAGCUGAGAUUGAGGGACCAGGAUCCUUCACUUUCUUUGCUCCGAGCAACGAGGCCUGGGAGCUGUUGGAUGAGACUGUAAGGAAUGCACUGGUCAGCAACGUCAACAUUGAACUCUACAAUGCUCUGCGCUAUCACAUGGUCAACAAACGCCUGCUGACCAAAGAUUUAAAGAAUGGAUUGACACUGACCUCUAUGUACAAUGACCUUGGUCUCUAUAUUAACCAUUAUUCCAAUGGGGUGGUUACUGUAAACUGUGCUAGGAUUAUCUAUGGUAACCAGGUGGCAACAAAUGGAGUCGUUCAUGUCAUUGACCGUGUCAUCACUAGUGUUGGAAGCACUAUGCAGGAUUAUAUUGAAGUUGAGGAGGACUUGACAACGCUAGCUGACGUAGUUCAGACUGCUGGACUGCUGGAAAAACUGGGUCAGCCAGGACACUACACUCUCUUUGCCCCCACCAAUAAUGCCUUUGAUAAGAUUGGUGGUGAUACCAUGGAAAGACUUUUAAGUGACAAGGGUGUCCUCAAAGCUCUUCUGAGUUUCCACCUCCUGGACUCAGUCCAGUGCUCUGAGGCCAUCAUGGCUGGAACUUCUUAUGAAACCCUGGAGGGAAACAACAUUGAAAUUGGCUGCGAUGGAGAGAGUUUAACAGUUAAUGGCAUCAAAAUGGUGCUUAAAAAGGACAUAGUCACUACCAAUGGUGUUAUUCACCUUAUUGACCAAGUGCUGAUUCCAGACUCAGCUAAGCAGGUAAUGGAACUGUUGGGAGAUUCACAGUCAAUAUUUGGUGACAUGGUGUCCGAGCUGGGCCUUUCCACUGAGAUUAGAGCAGAUGCUGAAUACACUUUGCUGGCUCCUUUCAAUGCUGCUUUUACUGCUGAAGUGAUGGCAAUGGAUCAAAGGGAUUUCAGGAUCAUCCUGGAGAACCACAUCUUAAAGAAUAAGAUUGGCCUUGGACAACUGUAUAAUGGCCAGCAGCUGGAGACCAUUGGUGGAAAAAUUCUCAGGGUCUUCAUUUACCGCACGGCGGUGUGUAUUGAGAAUUCCUGCCUGAUAAGAGGCAGCAAAGAAGGGAGCAAUGGAGCCCUUCAUCUCAUGAGGACUAUGUUGAAACCUGCAGAAAAAUCAAUGUUUGAGAUUCUGACUGAAAGUGGAAGUUUCAAGAUUUUUUUGUCUCUAAUGGAAGCUGCUGGGUUGACAGACCUGCUCAGACAGGAGGGAGGCUUUACUCUGUUUGCCCCUAGCGAUAAGGCAUUUGCUGCUUUGACUGAAAGGGAUGUGAACUUGUUGAAAGACAACAUAAAUGGUCUCAGGACAAUUCUUCUAUAUCACUUCAGUAAUGGUAUUGUCAUUGGAGGUGGUCUGGAGGCUGGCGUGACCAAUCUUCUUAAAUCUCUCCAGGGAAGCAACCUCCAACUUAAAUCAGCAGAUAAUGCUGUGCAAGUGAAUUCUGUGCAGCACCAAGAAAGCGAUAAAAUGGCCACCAAUGGUGUUAUUCAUUUUAUCGACCAAAUGUUGUACCCUCAAGAUAUCCCUGUGGGGAGUCAGGAUCUCCUCAUGAUAUUUAAGAAGUUAAUUACAUACAUACAAAUCAAGUUCGUUUCAGGAUACAGUUAUAAGGAAAUACCCCUUACAUUUAUGACUACUAAAAUAAAAAAGGUGACAAGGGUUAUUGAAGGGCAGCCCUCCAUCACCAAGGUUACCAGGGUCAUUGAAGGUGAACCUUCUAUCACUAAAGUCACCAGGAUUGUCUCAGGCCCUCAAUAUUCUGUCAGUUCUGGGACCACAAACAUUGCCCUGGAAGGAGUUGACCUUUCAAAAAUUACCACCAUUGAAGGGAACGCUGAUCUUGACUCUGAGCAAUUUACCAGGAUGGUCCAAAAAGGAAGACCUAAUCCAAGAAGAGUUGUAGCUGGCAACAGGAGGAGGGGAAGGAACUGAGCCUGGCCAGAUGAGGAUAUCUUCCUGGUGAAGUUAUACAUGGAGGCUGAAACUCGGGUCUUAAACAAGAUACAUCUGAAGUGUCGGUUUCUGAAUAUAUUGUGAUAGUACUUGCUAACCACAAAGAACCAUUCUUAUAAACUCUCAAAUUUAGUGGUGCUUUAUUUGUAUAUAGAUUGAGUCAUUAAAUUCAUUGUAUGUUAGCAGCUCAAAUGACAUUUUUUUUUCAAGAUUUCAGUUCAAUGUAUCAUAGCAAAAGCGUGUUUUUCUAACAUUUUUAUGACUUUGAUAGAGGUCAAUGUUAGAGCAAGGAAGUCUUACGAGAUGUUUUGAGAAAUAUCUCAACACAAAAAUGGUUUAAAAAAAUGUUUUUUCUCACUCAACUGCUAUAUAGCUUUAACAUAUCACUCUAUAAGUGGUUUAAGGUUUCAUGUACAUUUUGUUGGCUGCUUUUGUCAUUUGUAAUGAUACAGCUUAGUCCAGGUAUGUUCUUUUCUGUUUUCCAAAAAUCCUGGAAUAAAGUGCUUUCGUUGAGAUAAAUGAA